GCGUCUCUCACUAGCUACCACUACUCAUAAGAGUGACGAACUCACAUCGCAAUGGAGUUCCCCUCUCCAAGCGAUCACCUCAACACAAUAUUCACCGCAUUAGCCUUUGCCAUUCUCGCCCUCGCCCUCGCCCUCUACCGUCACUCAAAAACCUCCACCACUCCUCCUCCGCCGCCUCCCAUGGCGUGCGGCGCGUGGCCGGUAAUCGGCCACCUCGGCCUCUUCACGAGCCGGAGCAGCCUCCCCCACGUCGCCCUCGGAUCCCAGGCCGACGAACACGGCCCAAUCUUCUCCCUCCGUCUCGGGGUCCAUCAAGCCGUGGUCAUCAACUCAUGGGAACUCGCCAAGGAAGUACACACAACCCACGACGUGUUCGUCUCCGCGCGACCGAACCUCACCGCCAGCAAGCUCCUCAGCUACGACAUGGUCAUGUUCGGGUUCGCCCCCAACGGCCCUUACUGGCGGGAGAUGCGGAAGUUCCUCACCCUCGAGCUCCAGUCCCCUCGUUGGAUCGAACUGUGGAGACACGUUCGAGCCUCCGAGAUGACUCUUCUGGUAAGGCAGGUCAUGGACGAGUCCCGGAAGCUGGAGAAGCGAAACGAUGUCGAUAGUGGAAGCUCUUUCGUUAAGAUCGAGUUGAAGAGGUUAUUUAGGGACAUGACGUUGAACAUGAACCUGAGGAUGGUCGUUGGGGAGAGGUUGGAGGCCCGGCGGUGCAGGAAGGCGCUUAAGGAAUUUUCGCGGUACUUGGGCAUGUUUGUGGUGAGGGAUGCGGUGCCGUUUUUGGGUUGGAUGGACGUGGGAGGGCAUGAGAAGGCUAUGAAGAGAGUGGCUGGAGAUCUCGACGACUUUCUUGAUCGGUGGUUGGAGGAGCACCGCCGGAAGAGGGCCAGCGGCGGAGGUGAGGAAAGGGAUCAUCAAGAUUUCAUGGACGCGAUGCUUUCAGUACUCGAUGGUGCAAACUUCGCCGCCGGGCAUGAUCCUGAUGUGGUUAACAAGUCGGCUUGUUUGAAUGUAAUUGCUGCGGGAUCCGAAACGACAACGGUCACACUUACGUGGGCGAUUUCCUUACUUCUCAACAACACCCACGUCCUAAAAAAAGCCUACGAAGAACUAGACAAAUGGGUUGGCAAGCAAAGACCAGUCAACGAAUCCGACAUCCCCAACCUCACUUAUCUCCAAGCCAUCGUCAAAGAGACACUGCGGCUGUAUCCGCCGUCGCCGCUGUCGGGACCGCGCGUGUUCACUGAGGAUCGCACGGUCCACGGCUACCGAGUCCGGAAGGGCACCCAGCUCAUUACCAAUAUCUGGAAGAUCCAGAGGGACUCGAGGGCCUGGGCAGACCCAUUGGAGUUUCGGCCCGAGAGAUUCUUGGGCCGAAACGAGCAGGUGGACUUCAAGGCCCAUCAGAGCUUCGAGUUCCUGCCGUUCGGCAGUGGGAGGAGGAUAUGUUCCGGGAUGGCGUUUGGGAUGGAGAUGGUGAAUUUGUUGCUGGCUGGGUUCCUGCAAGCGUUUGAGAUUCGGAGAAGUGGGGAUGAAUUGGUUGAUAUGACGGGGCGGCCUGGGUUGACUACUGUGAAGGCUAGCCGACUUGAAAUCCUGGUUUCGCCUCGUCUUUCUCAUUAGGUUUUGGAUGACGGUAUAGAUCGUGGGAUAUAUUUAGAUUAGGGUUGUUUUUGGCUGUAUGUUGUAUAUUAUACAGAAAUACAGGGUUGGUCUAGUUAUACUACAUCAAGUGGGUUUAAUUUAAUUUUUGGGGCCAACAAUCAAUGAAAAAAGUCGAUCAUUUAGAGAAGUGUUGUUUAAAAAUUGUUUUUUGCUGAUAAGUUAUGUAGAAAACCCAAAAACAAACACAGCGAAUAUAAAAUAUCAAUAAUGAAAAUGAGAUUCAAGU